AUGUCGUCUGACUCGCAACCCUUAACUCAAUCCAUCACUCUCCCGAGUCAACUCACCGAACCCGUCGAGAUCGUCGCUGCUCCCAAUAUCUCCCAUUCCGAGAGUGCUAUCGAUUCGUCUUUGUUCAAGCAGUGGCUGAAGAACAUGGAAAGUGAAAAUGGGGUUUUGUACGGCGGUGCAUUGUCUCUUAGACGAGUUCUAAUUCAGGGUGUGGAUAUGUUUGGAAAGCGCAUUGGGUUUUUAAAAUUUGUUGCAGAUGUGUUUGAUAAAGAAACUGGGAAAAAGGUUCCAGGUAUUGUGUUUGCACGAGGACCGGCUGUAGCUGUGCUUAUUCUUUUGGACUCAGAGGACAAGACCUAUGCUGUUCUUACUGAACAGGUUAGAAUCCCUGUCGGAAGGGUCAUACUGGAGUUGCCUGCUGGAAUGUUGGGCGACGAGAAGGGCGAUUUUCUCGGCACUGCUAUUCGUGAGGUUGAAGAGGAGACUGGCAUAUGCCUAAAAAAAGAAGACAUGGUGGACCUCACAGCAUUCCUCAACCAAUCUACUGGGGGCAGAAUUUUUCCUUCACCAGGAGGGUGCGAUGAAGAAAUCAGUCUCUUUUUGUACAGAGGGCAGGUGAAUAAAGAGAUUAUUGAACAGCUGCAAGGAAAAGAGACGGGUCUUCGAGAACAUGGGGAGUUGAUUAAGGUUUGUGUGGUUCCCUAUGAAAAGCUCUGGUGCAUGACAGCGGAUGCAAAGGUUUUAGCAGCCAUUGCGCUCUAUGAAAUGGCCAAAAAAGAAGGGCUCUUGCCUCACCUGAAAGCAUGA